GACUUCAUAUGAAAUCUUGUUUAGAUGAUAUUUGAACCUUAUAUCUCUAUCCACUAAAUAACAAGACAUUUUUUGUGUCCGACAGGAUCUCGUGUUUUGUUGCCACCGCUUUGAAUUCACACCAGUACUGAUCGCGUACUCGCCCCUGCCACCCACAUAAGGGAGCCUGAACCCCCUAAUACUGCAACUGGACUUUAUCUCUCUCCUCCUUCUCCGCCGCCCGCCCGCUUCUUGAACCCGCACAAUUCGUUCCCCCUCCUCCUCCUCAACCACCCCAAUCCUCCGACUCUCUACCCCCGAUCGUCAACCACACGUCUUUUCUUCCUUCCUCUCCUUUUAUUUCGGUUUCGCAUGGUUUCACUCGACAUCCUUACCGUCUGUGGUAAAGUACUGGUCUCUCUAGUCAUGAACAACGCGCUCUCUUGAGUUGCUUUCAGCCCAUCACUCGCAGGGGACGCCCGUCAUUCGUGUAUUAUUUCCUCCCAUUGAAUUACGAUCCUUUUGUCCCUGGAGAGAAACCCCAAAAGAUUCAUUCACCAACAGCAAGGGAGCGGAUUUCCAUAUCGCUCAAUACCCCCAUGUACGAGAUCGGUGUGGCCGAGUCUUCACCCGCUGACGGGUCCGCGAUGGCGGCUAAAUCCACACCUUUUGCGACCGCGGUCGAGUACAACGACGACCACGCGGCCGCCAAUCCUACGGGCGCUCUGCGGAGCCGCAGUCGGGGCGAUAGCCUCUCCAUGCACCAGAACGGUUUUGCGGUCGAUCAAUCCCCCCAACGACACCAAUCGCCCAUGGUCUUGACGACCGGUGGGCGCUACACGCCCAGCCCCGAACCCGCCCCGGCGCUGUUCGUGCGGGCCAUGUACGACUACGAUGCCGACGACCCGACUAGUCUGAGCUUUCGUCGAGGCGAUGUGAUCCAGGUGCUCAAUCAGCUCGAGACCGGAUGGUGGGACGGUGUCAUUAACAACAACAUUCGGGGCUGGUUCCCGAGUAAUUACUGUGCCGUUAUCGAUGACCCCAGCGAACUGCAGGAUCACAUUCCGCUCGACCUUCACGAGAUGGGCGAUGGACACGCUAGUGCCGACUCCGGGGCCGGCGAGGCUUAUGACGACGGACACGACGAUGACGAGGUGGACUCGGUGGGCAACCCGCGCGAUUCGGCUCCCAUCCUCCCCAUUGAGGGGACCGUUGCCCCGAAGGAGCAGGAGGAGGCCGCCUUCUGGAUCCCGCAGGCCACCCCCGACGGACGGUUGUUCUACUUCAACACUCUCACCGGCUACAGCACCAUGGAAUUGCCCUUCGAAAACCCGGCCGCGAAUGAGACCGGCCCCUACGAUCGCAAUCAUUUCUUCGUGCCCGACCAGACCCGGCCCCCGCCCGAGCUGAUGGCUCGCGGCUUCGAGCGUGACGAGGACGAGUACGACGGGUCGGCGUCCGAGGCUGAGGGGGAGUCUUUGAUGGUGGCCUCUCACGAUUCCAUGUCCCGCCGGCGGCAGUCGUUCAUGGAUGGCGUAUCGCCCGCAACGUCCAUGGACUCCCUGCACCCCCCGUCGACGAUGGCCAAGGCUACGGGCCACCACUCGAAUCGCAGCCAGCCCAAGAUUUACGCCUCCCAUGGCCCCAGCAACAGCACCACCUCGCUCUCCGAAACCUACCACCGGCCCUCCGUCUCCUCCGAGGUUCCCUCCCAUUUUGUGGACGAUGCGGCCUCCACCCCCCUGACCUGGCCGUUGCUCGUGGACAAUAUGCACCAUGCGAUCGAAGCGUAUCGCCAGACGCUGUUGAGCGGCGACCGCUCCGAGUAUGUCCGGAAGGCGGAAGAUAUUUCCGACCACUUGCGCAUGCUACUGGCCGCGGGGUCCGACACCACCGACAACCACUCGGGGAACCCGUCCAUCAUCUCCACGAACAAGGCUCUGUACCCUCACUUCCGGGAUAUGAUGUCCAAGUUCUCCAAGCUGGUGCUGUCGUCUCACAUCGCCGCGGCCGACUGGCCCGGCCCGGACUCCGCCCACAAGUGCCUGCAGGAAGCAGAUGGCGUGAUGCAUGGCGUCUACGGAUAUGUGGAUGUCGCGCGGAAGCAGCGCGGCGAGGCGAUCCACCGCGUGGUCCCCGGCUUCGUGAUGGGUAGUUUCGCGGGCGGUUGCUGGCAGAGCAACGGCGUGUCGCUAAACGGCUCAGGCCCGACCUCGUUCUUGGACCAGGACCCCGAGGACUCCCGCGCCGAGCCGUCCACGCCCCUCGACCUCGCCGUCUUGGACCAUAUUGACGUGCUCCGGAAGGCCCUCGUGGGCAGCAUCCGUCGCCUAGAGGAGCGCUUGACCCUCAACCAGAAGAAGAUCGUCACCGCCAUGACCCACCGGGAGAUUGGCGACUCCGUCUCGGCGGCCGCCAUCAAAGUCGUCGAACAAUACCGUCCGUGGGUCUCGGCCGUGGAGUCGGUCAACCUGGCUCCGCUGGGGACCAGCUUCCAGAACCCGCAGCUGGUCGAUUUCGGCCUGCAGAAACAACGGGUGUACGAUGCGAUCGGUGACUUUGUGCUGAGCUGUCAAGCGAUCGCGGCUCCUCUGGGUGAUGAGUGGGCCGAACUGCGGGGCGACUCGCUGGACGACCGCCUGAACGCCGUCCGCGGCGUGGCCCGUCAGCUGGAGAAUUACGUCUCCCAGAUCGGGUUCUCGCUCUCGCUCCUCCUGGAGCAGAUCCCCGAACCGGCGACCGUCUUGCGCAGCGACAGCCGCUUGGGUGACAAUCCCGAGGGACCCAAGGCCCAGCACGGCCGCGGGGAAUCGAAAUCCGGCAACGGCCCGAUGGGAUUGCCCUCGUCCUUCUCCCCCGAGCCGCCAUCGGAUAAGGUGCGACGCAACAUGAACAAGGCACAGCGGUUCUUCGGGCAGGCCCCGCCGACGGCCAUCACCCGGGAACCGAUCCGGGAACCCGUGCGCGAGCCCGAGGAGACACCCUGGUACCUGAAGAUGGACCACGAAGGCGAGGUGUUCUACGACACCAAGAACGACGUGCCGACCCUGAAAUGUGGCACCCUGGGUGGUCUGGUGGAGCACUUGACCCGACAUGACAAGCUGGACGCCUCGUUCAACAACACCUUCCUCCUGACCUACCGUUCCUUCACUACGGCCUCGGAGCUCUUCGAGAUGCUCACCCAGCGAUUCAACAUCCAGCCGCCGUUUGGCUUGAACCCGGACGAGAUGCAGAUGUGGGUGGACCGGAAGCAGAAGCCCAUUCGAUUCCGUGUCGUCAACAUCCUGAAGAGCUGGUUCGAGCACUUUUGGAUGGAGCCGAGCGAUGAGACCAACAUGCAACUCCUCGACCGGGUCCAUUCCUUUACCCGAGAUUCGAUCGCCACCACCAAGACGCCGGGUUCUCCCCAGCUCCUGACCGUCGUCGAGCAGCGUAUCCGGGGCCAGGACACCACCGCCAAGCGGCUGGUUCCCACGCAGGCGACCGCGGCUCCGACCCCCAUCAUCCCGAAGAACAUGAAGAAAUUGAAGUUCCUCGACAUCGACCCGACCGAGUUCGCUCGCCAGCUGACGAUCAUUGAGUCGCGCCUGUACUCCAAGAUCCGACCCACCGAAUGCCUGAAUAAGACGUGGCAAAAGAAGGUUGCGCCAGGGGAGCCCGAGCCGGCGUCGAACGUCAAGGCCCUGAUUCUGCAUUCGAACCAAUUGACUAACUGGGUGGCCGAGAUGAUCCUCGUCCAGUCCGAUGUCAAGAAGCGUGUGGUGGUUAUCAAACACUUUGUGAACGUGGCAGAUAAAUGCCGGAGUUUCAACAAUUACUCCACCCUUACCUCUAUCAUCUCAGCUUUGGGAACGGCACCGAUUCAUCGCCUGGGUCGGACAUGGGCUCAAGUCAGUGGACGCACGUCUGCCAUUCUCGAGCAGAUGCGCCGGCUCAUGGCCAGCACCAAGAACUUUGGCGAGUAUCGUGAGACGUUGCAUCUGGCGAAUCCGCCCUGUAUCCCAUUCUUCGGUGUUUAUCUGACCGACUUGACAUUCAUUGAAGACGGUAUCCCAUCGCUCACGCCGUCGGAGCUGAUCAACUUCAACAAGCGCGCCAAGACCGCCGAGGUCAUCCGUGACAUCCAACAAUAUCAGAACGUGCCGUAUCUUCUUCAGCCAGUUCCGGAAUUACAGGACUACAUCCUCAGCAACUUGCAGGCAGCCGGAGAUGUCCACAACAUGUACGAUCGGAGCUUGGAAGUAGAGCCCAGAGAGAGGGAAGACGAAAAGAUUGCGAGUUCCUUUCAACUGUUUUCUCGGUCGGCCGGCGAUUCCGCCGCGUUCCACCGAUAGCCCGCCCUCUUCUUUAUCUCUUUGUUUCUCUGUUGUCGAGACAUAUUGAAUCUCGGAGGAAUUUUGAUUGAUUGAGGACUAACCGCUUCUGUCUCCUGCA